GAAGCUCCGCCAUCCCCCUCCGCCGGAAGUCGCCUUGUUGUUCCUCGCUAGGAGAUCACACAGGCGAAUCAGAAAAUCAAUUAAGUUAUGAAAAAUACCAUUAAUUGCCUUUCUUUGUCGCCGCGGCUCGCGAAGAAAUGGCGGACGUGCGGAGGUGGCGAGAUCGCGGGCCCUCACGACUCAUUUAGCGGGGUGCGCUGCGGCGGCGUGGAGGGGGACUACUUUCUCCGGUUAGAAUUCUCACAAAAUCACAUGCAGAUGUACAACGAGCCAAUGGUUGCGAAAGUAUGCGCGAAAACAUUGCCAACAAAUGAGAGGCUGACUGGAAGAUGCCAAGGAAAAAACAGCAGCAUCCACAGCCAGUCAAGUUGGAUUCAAAAACUGUUGUAGCCGCCCAAAACGCAGGAAACCUCACCUUCCACACGGACUUCCUUCUGGAACACGACCUUCAAUUUACCGAUCCUUAUCACGACGGCAACAUUCUUGGCCUGGAAAAAUUCUCAGAGGUAGCUGCUGAGAUCGGUUUCUCCGUGUACCCUCUGUGUGAUGAGGACAGCUCCGACGGCAGCGGCAGCAUGGCUAGCGAAACGGAAACCUCCCACGGCAGCACCCCUGACCACGGGCGCGAGGACGAAGGCAGGGCGGGCCGCUCCGAGCCGCCCUUCCCGCCCUACCUGCAGUGCCGGGGCUGCGGCCAGCUGCGCGACGACCCGCUGGGCGCGGCGCUAGAGCCGGCCGGAGCCUAUUGCUCACGCUGCCGCAAGGCGUCGCGGGACGCCGGCCCCGGCGCGGACUUGGCCUUCGGGAGCCCGGCCGGGGCGGACGAGGACAAGAACAAACUGCAUUCGUGCCACCUGUGCGGCUUUUCGUCGCGCUACGCCAACCACGUCAAGCGGCACAUGAAGACGCACAACGGCGAGAAGCCCUUCAACUGCCCCGUGUGCUCGUACGCCUCGGCGCAGCUGGUCAACCUGCAGCGCCACCUGCGCAUACACACUGGCGAGAAGCCAUAUAAGUGCGAGAGCUGCGCCUUCGCCUGCAGCUCCUUGGGGAACCUCAAGAGGCACCAGCGCAUGCACGCGCCCGCCGGCGUCGAGGCCCACUCUGGACCCGCGCAAGGACACCUCGGCCUCAGGCCCCCCGCCGGCAGCAGCCUCAAGAGGCACGAUGCCGGUGCCCACACAGCUAGUGAAGAAGAAGACGAAGCUGCCAAAGAGGUGGCGGCAGCUUCCGCCCACCUGACCCUGGCCGCGCAAAACGCCGACUACCUCUCCGCCUUCGAGAGUCUGAAAUCGGCCUCGCCUCCGUCGGCGCCCCCCGUGGCCCGCCGCCCUUCGCUAUUCCCCUUCACCUGCCGCUUGUGCGGCGCGCCGCUGGAAGACGAAGACGGCUCGUCGGCGCAAAUCUGCGCCAAGUGCACGCUGGAAAUGCUGACCAAGGACUCGUCGUCCUCGCCGAGCAGCCCCGGCGGCGUCGGCGACAAAGUGUACACUUGCGCCGCCUGCCCCUUCCUCACGCACUACCCCAACCACUUGGCGCGCCACAUGAAAACGCACAGCGGCGAGAAGCCCUACAAGUGCCCGCAGUGCGACUACGCCUCGGCGCACUUCGACAACCUGAAACGGCACCACCGCGUGCACACGGGCGAGAAGCCUUACAAGUGCCACCUGUGCGAGUACGCCUGCGGUAACCUGGCCAACCUCAAGCGGCACCAGCGCGUGCACUCGGGCGCCAAGCCCUUCGUCUGCGCCGUCUGCAACUACAGCUGCAAUCAGAGCAUGAACCUCAAGCGCCACAUGUUGAGGCACACCGGAGAGAAGCCCUACAAGUGCCAAGAGUGCGGCUACACCACCGGACACUGGGAUAACUACAAGCGGCACCAGAAGAAACACGGACACGCCACCGACGGCUGGGUCAAGGCGCCCGCCGGCCCCCGGGACGAUAAAGGCGGGGCCAGGAAAGAAGCGGCGGCCGUCGCCGAAAUGGCUUACAUGGCCAGAGAGGGCGCUCAGACUUUACAGCACCCUAACUGGAAACUGGAAAUGGUCUAAAAUAAAGGCAACCAUUUUGUACGGGGGACCAAAGCUGCCAAAAUAAAAGUAAAAAUAAAAAUGACUAUAAAUACAAAAAUAAGAAUUAAGAUUAAAAAAAUAUUUAAAUUUAAAUAUCAAUUUUUUUAUUGUCAAUAAACAUGA